GUAAAAACUUAACAACAUUUAUAGUGCAUUGUGGAAACAUAACAAAGCCUACUGCUACUCUGUAUCUUGCCCCUUGGUAAAAACUCAACAAUAUUUAGUGCAUUGUGGAAACAAUAAAGCCUACUGCUAUACUGUAUGACAACGACACGCAAAAGAAGAGACAAAGACUUUUCGCAGUGUGAGCACGUUCGUAGUGUGUGAAUUGAGAAAGGCUUCAAAAGCAGCAGAGUUCGUCGCAAUUUUUCUAUUCUGUUGCUCCGAUAAGCGCGCGAGUUGCUUUGAACAGUAUUUUUUUCAAGGCUGAAUAUAAUUGCUCAUAGCAAAUAUGGGACGUGUAAUCAAGUUUUGACGAGCGAGGAAAUUGUGAGAGCAAUAAUGGCAAUAAUUAGAUAAAGAGAAUGCGUAAAAUUCUGCAUUGACCGUAGAUCAGUUUCGUUUAUAUUUAUACUGUUUUUACAAUACACGAAGCUCACAAUGGAUCCCAGUAUCAGUGGUUGGCGUCUCUACACUUUUAUUGAACCUCCCCUUUUUUUGUAUCUUUUUGCUCAAGUGCUCAGUGGAUCUGUUGCCACUGAUCUCAUGGUUUUUCGGACCUGUGAAUCCAUCCACAGCGACGACAAACAUGUCUGUGAUAUUCUUCAUACCGACAGUCAGAGUCAGGAAGCUUUGAAGUUGGAAGCAGAGUCACAACCUCGUGCUUCGUACAUCCUCAUGUGUGACUCUCUUCUCAAUGGCAUUGUACCUGCUUUUCUUUCCUUUUUCAUUGGACCCUGGAGCGAUAAGUAUGGCAGGAAACCGCUAAUGCUUGCUGGAUACAGCGGCUCAGCGGUAAGUUUGUUGUUACGGACGAUUCUCUGCACGCGCACUUUGGAUCCUUGGUUCUACCUAUUGUGCUCGUUGCCUCCGGCUCUUUUGGGUGGUAUGAGUGGUCUAAUCCUAGCAAGUUUAUGCUUUGUUACGGAUAUCAGAAGCGAAGGAGAUCGAGCUUGGCACUUGACAUGGUUACAGGCAGUUAUUUCUGGAGGAAUAUUUUUGGGCUCUUUCGCCGGAUCUGAGCUGUUCAAGUUAUUCGGUUAUUCUGUAGUAUUCGGUGUUGCUAGCGCAUGUUCAACUCUUGCGACGCUCUACGUUAUUUUCAUCGUUCCUGAAACUGUCGUUCGAACUGACACGAAUCAACGUUUCUGUACUCUCUUCGAUGUUUCCUUGGUCAAGGACAUGUUCGCAGCUUGUUCAAAAAAGCGCGAUGGUUUCAAUCGCGUUAUUGUUUGGUCCUGCAUAACUUGUUUAUCCCUGAAUGUCCUGACGAUAGAAGGAGAUUAUGCAAUCGGAUUUUUAUUCGCGAGCGCUAAAUUUGGUUGGAACGUCAGUGACUAUUCGUCCUACCAGGCAGCUGCUGUAUUAUUCGGCAUCGUUGGAACCUUACUUGGAGCUAAAUUUUUCCAGGCUUUUGUGGAUAAAGACAUGUUGGAUAUGAGAAUCGCAAUGUUUGCCAAUAUUUCUGCUUUCGUUGGAGCCAUGACUAAAUCUUUAGUAAGGAAACCCUGGCACUUGUAUUGUGCGACCGCCUUCGCCAUGUACAGUGGAUUAUUGUCGCCUGUGUUACGUGCCAUAUUAUCGAAAUCUGGACCACCUCAAGAUGCCGGCAAAAUCUUUUCGCUCACACAAUCUAUGGAAGCGGUCGUACCGCUUGCAGCUUCCCCUCUUUACACGCUGGUUUACACGCGCAAUAUGCCACCAAUAUACCCAUCUCCGGUAUUUCAAAUCACAGCGGGCAUAUUGUUAGUUAUACUUAUUCUCAUUAUUUUGAUAGACCGGGAACUUGGGAAAUUGAAGAACUCGCCUUACGUCAGCAUUAACGAGGAUGUUGACUGAAACUUUAUUUGCACAAGAAGACGAAAAUAACGAUAUUUAGUAUAUUCUAUAUUUAUCAAACCUUCGUAGUAUCAUCGAGAAUGUAGAAUCUUUGUUCUAUUACAAUCAAAACAGUCUCGGUGUGACCACGAAUGGUUGAUACAAAAAAAGUAUUUAUUACUCAAAUCCAGCAAAGUUUAUAAUAAUAUAUUUUGUGUAUGUUUCGAUACAUUAUUUGCAAUGAAAAACGCUCAAAGCGUUAGUCAUUUUUUAAACUAAACGUUAUUCUCUUUACAAGUAACGGUAGUGGUUCUAUAAAGCGCUGAUAACAGCAGAGUUACCUGAUAAGCCUGAUAAGCCAUCGAUCGCCAUUUUCUAUGCCCUAGUUUUCUUCAGCUAAGCUAGAGAAGCGCGAAAAAAAUGCCGAAAUGCCUAAUGAACGAUUAACAUCACCUUUAGUAUAUGGAACUGAACAAGAUAAUUAUUCUGUGAUACUAAGAAAUAUUGAGACAAAAAAUGGACAAUUUGUAUAUUACGCACAGCUGUAAAUAUUUACAUUCUAAAUGGAGAAGCUUGUACAGCAUAACAUUUACAGCUUUAGUCUUCAGCAAUGGAACGAUUUGUAUUUGAGUCUCUACGAGAUUAAAAACAUAUUAAUUGUUAGUGCA